AUGACUGUCUCUAAGGAUUCGUCUACUCCGAUAAGUUAAAUAAAAUAGUUGUUUAAUUUUAGUAAUUUUAUUAACAUGUAAAAAUAGAGACUCAAGUAAUUGUAAUUGGAUUAGCCUGGCCCCAAAAAGCAAAGCUCUGCCUAUCGUAAGUUUUAUGACGAACAACUCGUUCUCCUUCAAUAACAAUACCCAAAAAGAACCACUGAAGAACUUAUUAAAUUGAUCAACCUGAAAUGGAAAGUCAAAGAGAAAAUGAAUAAACAAAAGUACUUCUAAAAAAAUGGUUAUGUCAACAUAAAUGAUACUGAAAGAGUGCCUGUACCCUAGCCUCCUCCUCCCGUCAUGAUAAUGUUUUAUAUUUUAUUAUGACUCCAAGCUUCCAAAAACAAAUGAGGAAACAACUUGAGAUGACCCAUCCCGAGUACAAUGGAACUUAGAUUGAUCGCACAAUUAAAUUUGAAUGGGGUUCAAAUUCGGCCUUGAAAGAGAAAGCAGCCGAGGAAUAUAAAAAGUUGAGACAAGUUAAUUACUAUAAAAUAUGUAUAGGAAUUUGAAAACCAAAAGAAAGAAUUCAUUAUUAAAUAUGGUUUCUGGCCAUAACACAAAAAGCAUUAAGGUGAGUCAGGGAAUCAGAUCCAACAUCCCAGUCAAUAGGCAAAUCCAUUGGCUUGCUUGCUCAACAAAAAAGUCAAAUAUGAAUGAAAUCAAUCAGAAUGAGUUAAAAAUAAUACAAC